CAGCAGCAGCAGCAGCACCACUCGCAGUCUAGCAGCGGGACUCCAGGUUCUCACUUCCCCAGCUGCUGACGUCAGCUGGCAGCCUGGGCUGAGCUCGCCGCUCCGGACAUAGCGCCGAGGAAAAUGCUGCUCUCCGUACCGCCAAGGGCAGGAAUCAACCCCUACAACGGCUACAACAGCAGAAACAGCAAAAAGGCCUAUGUGUCCUCCAGCCACCAGAUGGCACCCCCAAGUCCCAACACAAACAGUAGUAGCAACAGCAGCGGCGGAGGCGGAGAACAGCUCAGCAAAACAAACCUAUAUAUCCGUGGGCUCCAUCCAGGAACUACAGAUCAGGACCUGGUGAAGCUCUGCCAACCGUAUGGAAAAAUCGUGUCCACUAAGGCCAUUUUGGACAAAACUACCAACAAGUGUAAAGGGUAUGGUUUUGUGGACUUUGACAGUCCAGCUGCUGCUCAAAAGGCUGUCACAGCUCUGAAAUCCAGCGGGGUCCAGGCUCAGAUGGCCAAACAACAAGAGCAGGACCCCACCAACCUGUACAUCUCCAACCUGCCGGUGUCCAUGGAUGAGCAGGAGCUGGAGAACAUGCUAAAGUCUUUUGGCCAGGUCAUUUCUACACGCAUCCUGCGGGAUGCCAACGGGACUAGCCGUGGUGUGGGAUUUGCAAGAAUGGAGUCCACAGAGAAAUGUGAGGCCAUAAUUCAGCAUUUUAAUGGCAAAUUCAUCAAGACUCCUCCAGGGGUGCUCGCACCCACAGAGCCCUUAUUAUGCAAGUUUGCAGACGGGGGUCAGAAGAAGAGGCAGAGUCAGGGGAAGUAUCUCCAGAAUGGAAGACCCUGGGCUCGAGACGGAGAUACGGGAGGGAUGACGCUAGCGUAUGACCCAACAGCCUUACAGAAUGGUUUCUACUCCUCACCUUACAGUCUGGCUCCAAACAGAAUGAUCGCUCAGACGUCCCUCUCACCCUACAUGCAUUCUCCUGUCUCCUCCUACCAGGUACACAGUCCGUCCUGGAUGCACCACCAGUCAUACCUCAUGCAGCCAGCUGGUACAGUGCUAACCCCAACAAUGGAGCAUGCCAUGUCCAUCCAGCCCACGUCCAUGAUGGGGCCUCUCACUCAGCAACUAAGCCACCUGUCUCUGGGCAGCACGGGCACAUAUAUUCCAGCCAACACUACUAUGCAGGGGACCUACAUCCCCCAGUACACCCCAGUGCCUCCCUCUAAUGUUCCAGUAGAGGAGAACAGUGGUCAGCAGCAGCAGGUGGCCAUGGAGAAUCCGGCAGAGCAUUCAAACUACUCAUAUCAACACACCAAGUGAAGCUAAGCUCCCACCAAUGAGAAGAAGCCACAGGGCACGAAACAAAUCCAACCAAAACAGGAUUAAGCUGAAAGAGAUCUCUACCAUAACCAAGAACCGGGGACUUGAUCAUGGAUGACAAAAGGAACAUGCGUGUGCCAGUUAGUAUUUUUUUUUGGGCUUGUGAUUGUGAUUUCGU